GUCGCACGACAGGAAGCCUUCUGACAAGCCAGCAGAAAUAAUGAAGGCACCAAAGUUGAAAAUUCCAGACACGGGGUGGCAGGGCCCUUACAGGUUUCGUCUUCCCAACCUCAGAAUCGAGACCUCACGCAGCGCUCUUUCGACGAAUAAUGGACUGUGAUGAACCCGAGUUUCCGUCGACGCAACGAUUGAUUCGACAUCACACAUGUCAAUGCCACCACCAGGCAGCAGCCGCAACCUUGGCAAAAACUACGCCCUGGCUUGGAACACCGGAGGAGGAACUCACAUGACGCUUGUGUACCUCACGAAUGUCAAACGUGGAUACGAACAAAACCGCGUCAAGACCCUGGUCGAGGACUACUUGGAUGCCAAUGAGGUUCCCGAGCAACUCUUGUUGAGGGUCGGUGACAUGACGACAAAACGCUGUGUAUCAGUUUGCAAUCCAGAGAUUGCAGCACUGCAAGUAGCGCUCCAUGACUUUCUAAGGGAGAGGGGAUUUGAAAUGCGUCCUUUGAGGCCGCCCCAUAUCGAUCUGCGAGGUCAAUCCGAUGUCAUUUUGGACGAAACAGUGGGCACGCGGAAUUGGAAUUGGUAA